AUGAUAGAAAAACCAAAAAACCAACCCACUCAUUCCAAUGAAUCACACCUAACCUUAAGUCAAAGAUUGGAUUAUGUAGGUCAAAAUGCUAAUGCAGUAUUAUCAUCAAUAGACUCACUAGUAGCUCAUGUUGACUCAAUCGACUACAACAACAAAAGUUAUAAUAUCAAGAUAGAUACAUUUAAACCAAGCCAACAACAAUAUUCCAAAAAAAACAUCACCAAAACAGAGUCGACUACUCAAACGAAGUUUAAAAUUUUACCAACUAGAGUCAUAUCUUAUGGAGUUUUUAAAGGACAUAAUGAUACAAGGAGAUUUCAAUGUCUUGAUCAAAAAUGUAAUGUUAAUUUUAAUGAAUUUAGAAAUUGUAAAUAUUGCAAAUAUUUACCUUAUGUUCCAUCACCUUUGAAAAAUAAUAUUUUGAAUCAAGAUAUUUUAGAUAAAGAAAAUAAUCAAACCAUUGUUGAUAAAAAUGUUUCCAAUGAAGUUAAUAAUCAAAAACCUUUAAGGGGCAAUGGAGGCGGUAUUUUUAUUAAUCCAAGAAGAAGUCAAUCCGCUCAAUCAACAAACAACACUAAUAUUAACAACAGACAUAUUCCUGCAAAAGCUACUAAAUUAAUUGAGGAAGAAGCUUUAACAAAAGUACCGACUUACAAAUACUCAAGAUCAAGAAAAGAUGAAACAACACCAUUAUUACCACAAAUUUCAGAAUUACCAUCACAACAACAACCACCAAUCAAGGAAAAAUUAGCAAUUCCAACUAAAAAGAAAAAUUUUUACAAUUCAAAAUUUUAUGAAAAUUUAACUGAACAUUUUAAAAAAAAUUCUUCAAUUUCUACUUAUGGCGAUACAAAACAAAAAUCUAAUGAAUCAAAAAAUGUUGGUGGUGCUGCUAGUAGCUAUAAAAGAAAGUCAAAGAAAUUAUUAUUAUCUACGAAACAUGGUGAAGCUAAUUAA